AAUAAAAAAUAAUAAAAAAUGCAGCACACCCAAUGGUGACUCCUCCCGUGCCUCGGUACAGUCUGGACGACAUCCUAGACCUUGAGCACAAAGUUCUGUUUGUUUUGGGCAAUUCGGGCACUGGCAAGACCAGGGGCUUUGUGGACAACCUCCUGCCCAACCUCAACUGCGCGGGAGGUGUGUUUGUGGUUACCUCGGAUCCUGCGGAUUUUCAAAGCACGAGUUUGAAUCACAAGCUCAACUUUUUGCCGCGGGAUUUUCAAGUGGUCCCCUCGGAACUGGAGAAGCUUCCUCCCAACUCUUUGUGUUUCUAUGACGACUUUGUUUGUCCGAAAGGAGGUAGGAACACCCAAGCUCUGAACCGUGUCAUCAAUUUUACUGCUCGUCACUCUCGGAUCACCCUCCUGCUGGUGGUACACGGGUUGAUCAAGACCAAUCUGUUCAACGAAAUCAGUACUGCGCCCCUGAUUCUCUUCACUUACUCCAACAACUCUUGGCAAUAUUUGAAGAAGCUAGCUCCCGACCAGGGGUGUUCAUACUUUCUGCCGGGGUUUGAAGCAGUGAGGAGGAGGGGAGGUCACCCCGCCUACCCCCUGGGUCUGGUGGAUUGGACCAGGCGGUUGAUGAUUGCUGACCUGUGUCCUCUUCUCCAAGGGGGUCACACUCAGAUGUUCAAGAGUGACACAACCUACGUCAUCCACCCGAUUGAGGAGACCUGUCCUACGACUGUGGGUGUGGUUGGAGGGGAGGGGGGGCAGGGGUCGGACGCAGCCUUCCAAGCACAUCUCCUGGAGGAGUUGCAAGACUUCCCUUGGGGCAAGAAGGCUGCCCGUCUUUUAAACUAUUUGCGGCUCAAAGAGGUGAUCGGACCGGAUACGGACCACUUGGACGGAAUACCCUUGAUAGACGUCCUACGCUACGUUUCAACCUCUGAUCCUCCUCCCUCCGGUCCUGGACAGGUAGCCAGACGACGUCGGCCGCAACAAGAAAAAAUUUUGCGAGUCUUGAGAAAACUCAAGCUCGUCAGGGGACUUCAGAUACCGGCAGCCUACCUACCCAACAAAUCGGCAGCGGCUGUGUUCUGGAAGGGGGGAUAACAUGUCUUUUGACAGUCCAGCGGUCAAUCCGGUGCUGGGUAAGU